CCAACAUAUGUUUUUGACAGUUCACUUCGCCAAAUACUUCACCAGAAACGGCUGAUUUUGCCAUUCCAGUGCGUUUGCGCCGAUUGAGACUAUUUAUUUUAAUUUCAUAAUUUUGCCGCAAUAUCAGCCGGCAAAUUAAAGGUUUAACGCGAAAUAAAGCUACGAAAAUGGCAACGAGACGACAAGUUAUAGCGAUUUACCGCCAACUUCUACGGGAAGCCGAAAAAAUUCCUGCCUACAAUUUCAGGUUGUUUGCUGGACGCAAGGUACGAGACACAUUCCGAGAAAAUAAAGGCAUAAGUGAUUUCGCGGUCAUCGAUGAAAAACUUGCAGAGGCAAGACAAAGUUUGGAAGUUAUACGGCGGCAGGCAAUAAUUGGCCACUUAUACUCAACUGAAAAACUGGUCAUCGAACAGCCUAAGAAGGCGCUGCGACGCUCGAAGUAAAAUAUUUGGAGUGGGCCUGAUAAUUGUUGCACCUUGUUAUAUGCGCUACUAUGAUAAUUACUUUGUUUUUAUCGCUGCUGGUGCAUUUAGGUUAGUAGGUUAAAAUUAUGGAAUUAAAAGAAUAAAAUAAAAACACCGUAAAAA